UGCCCAGCGCACUUUUCAUACAUCAUAACGCAGUGUCGUUUCGCACGGAAAGGUUGUCCCAUUGGAGUGUUGUGCAAGUUUGACAAGUUUGCGAUUUUUUGGUCCUGGGCAACUGACCUUUGGGAAGAUUGAACGGCAUAGUCAGACGGGGAUGAAUAUGAAUACAGCAGGUGCUCUCGUCAUUUCCCGGCAUGCCAUUGCGGCCGCCAUAUUGCUUGUUGUUCUUUGUCCAAUGUAAACGCGAGCGGACAGUGUUUAAUGGUACUCCGCGAAAAUGUCACGGAGAAAGCAGGAGAAACCUCAGCAACGGAAGAAAUUCGACACAGGUGAAGACAGCAAUCCCUAUUCAGACUGCAUGAAGGGUAUAGAAGUUGAUACGAUGGACUCAGUGGAUUCGGAUGUGCUUAUCUGCGGGGAAUGCCAGACAGAAUUCGCUCUAAACGAUAUAGUCCGCUUCAUAAAACACAAAGUCAAACAUUUGAACAAGGAAAAUUGUCAGCCCUACGACUCGGACGAUAACUUAGAAAAUGACGAGGACGGUGAAAAUAUGUUGAUAAAUAAUCACAGGCCUAGCAUAUCUGCACCAAUGGGCAGGAAAGGUACGCCCGAGUUACGCGACAAGAUGUCACCACGGCCCGCUCAUCUUCAAAAUGUCCCCAUAAACUUAAGCAUGGACAUCGACGACAAUGCUCAAGAGCUCAAGGAAAACGAUUUGAAAUCUGAUUUCUGUUCAAAAGACGACAAGGGAACGUGCACGGCUCCCAGACCAAAACAAGUGGACGCUGAAUCUAAUACUACAAAUACAGAACCCUAUAGUUUUGUCUGCGGGACGUGUAAGACAACAUUGGACUCGGCGUGGAGCCUAGUACAACACGCUCAGAAUGCUCAUGGGAUGAAGAUAUAUCAAGAGAACAACAAUGUCAUCAACUCUGGCAUGGACCGGGAGAGAAUGAACAGGCAUGACCGCGAUCGCGAGAGAGAGAGAGAAAGAUCGAGAGAGCGGGAGAGAGAAAACAGCAGCAACUGUAGUAUCCCAAUCAGUAUAAGUCACAGCCACAGCCAUAGUACGAACGUGACCCCACAGCCUCCACUGAUGAAGCCUUCUCCACCAGACCACCCGCCUCAUCUACUCAACAUGGAUAUAAUCAGCCAUGCUCCACAUCCGUUUAUGUUUCGUAUGCCGCUCGGCGAAAGGCAGCCAUUGUCACCCAUGAAUCAUGGUCCCUUCACCCGUCCGCCAGGCCCAGACUUCAGGAUGGACCUUUUACAUGAUCCAUUUCACCGAUUCAACACACUGGCGUUUCCACCAGGAAUCGAGCCCCCGCCAGGGGUAUUUCAUUCACCUGCAAUGGACCGUCCACGACCACUUGGUCUUGGCUUAGAACCAUCAUUGGAUUUUUACUCGCAGCGCCUACGUAGAUUAGCUGGCACCAAACCCACUAGUCCCUCUCAUUCGCCAUCUCCCGCUAAGCGAACGCCACCGUUCUCCUCUCAUUCAUCGGUGCCAACAACACCGACCACGCCAACAGAGCCAGCAGAUCAGUCGCCAAAAAUCAACCAGCCACCGAAACUGAAGGCUUGCGAAUUCUGUGGGAAAUGUUUCCGGUUUCAGAGCAAUCUUAUUGUUCAUCGACGAUCACACACAGGAGAAAAGCCUUUUAAGUGUUCACUGUGUCCACACGCCUGCACCCAGGCCAGCAAGCUCAAACGUCAUAUGAAAACACAUAUGAACAAGUCACCAUUUUCUAUAUCCUCCAACAUGUCUGACGGGAGUAUGCCUUCUACAAGCAGUACCCCUGACUCAAAUCGGUUCAUGUCGAAGGAUUUAGAUGGCGAGGAUGAGAAUGAGACUGAUAUGGAUGAAGAUGAAGAAGAAGACGGAGAGGAAAUGGAGUCAAAUACGCAUGGAAAUGAUGAUGCUGAUCGUCGAGAUGAAAUCGCGGAAGAACCAAAAGAUCUGUCAAACAGGAACUUUUCUCACAUGCACAGCUUCAGUGAGGACUCCAAUGACCAGAAUGAUCAGAAUGACUUUAGAAAAAAAGCCAUCGAUAGUUUAAUGAAGGACCGACAAUCUUUGCUCAGUGAGGUGAUGGAGAAAUCAGGACUUAACAGUAUCCAGCCAUACAAUGAGGCAUUUCAGGCAGCCUUGGCUGAGAAUUCCCGCCAAAGUGAGCCUGCUUCUAGUACUACCGGCAGCAUCACUGAUGGCAUGAGGGAGAAUGGCAUGAGCAUAAGGGAAAAUGAUCAUAAUCAUACUCCCAUGAACUCAGAAAAUGAACUGAAACCAACUAUGAACAGUUUGGAUCAUCAUCAUCAUCACCCGUUUCAUCUAAAUCGUAAUGAAAGGCGUUCGUUUGACUAUCACCAUUCAGAAUUGGCAAAGAGGAUUAAAUUGGAGGCACCAGCUGAGCAUUUGUCCAACAUGGAGGCCCUGUAUUCAGGAAUAUGGUUCCCACCUAGUGCACAUCCGGUGCCACCCCGUGAUAUAUUUAUGGGUGCAAUGCACCCGCAUCACCCACCAAUGCCACCAAUGGACCAUCAUAUCCCGAGCAGCACUCCCCAGCAAAACGGAACGCAUCCACCUAGUGCCUUGAUGUCGCUUGGGGAGAAUCGGUUAAAGCUACAAAGUGACAGUGGUGGCAGGAUCAUGCUUGACCCUGCUCUCCACCAGGCUCACCACAAUAUGAUAAAAAAGGAGAGCAGUAAUAGAGGACGCAACGAUACAUGUGAGUACUGUGGUAAGGUUUUCAAGAACUGCUCGAAUCUAACUGUACACAGACGUAGUCAUACUGGCGAAAAACCUUAUAAAUGUGAACUAUGCCAGUACGCUUGCGCGCAAUCGAGCAAGCUAACACGUCAUAUGAAAACACAUGGACGCUUAGGCAAGGAUGUUUACCGGUGCAAAUUUUGCAGCAUGCCCUUCUCAGUGCCAAGCACUCUUGAGAAGCACAUGAGAAAAUGUGUUGAGAAUCAACAAGCAGGAAAGCCUUUGGAUGGUGUACCGUCGCUAUCCAGUAGUAUGUCGGAAACGUCUCUACCGCCCACGUCGGUUUGACUGUGGCGAGCCUUUAGUGAUGGUGUACCGUGCCCUUAGAAAGGUAUGUUACAAGGUCAAUUUUAAGGUCAAGCUUUGAGGGGUGUUUUGGUCAUUCCCUUUCAGCAAUAACUGUUAACAUUUUCAUAAAAAUUCAGUUUUUCCAUUCAAUUGAAAAAGAAAAAUGCUACUUUUGAAAAAAAGAGAGACACUAUAAAUACUUUUAUUAUGACAGUCACCAGCAGAAGCUAAUGCCGAUACCUUUUGAAAUUCCAAACAUUUAGUCCUGGAGGGGUUAAAGAAUCUAACAUCGGUCACCCAACAUGAAACGUGAUAAAAAAAACUUGGCAACUGCCAGAUGCAAAAAAACACCCCCUUUCUAUUAAAAGCAGCACAGGAAGUAAAAUCAAUUCCUUGUUGGAAAAUCAUGAAACAAAAUUGUAAUACAUGCAAAAUUCUAUUGAUGUUAGUUGGAAGCAAAACUGUAUUGGAUCGUUAUUUUGAUUGGUCUACAGUUAGUGCCAUCGGAUUUUGUGCCAUCAGAGUUACUCCAAGUGGAUAUUUGUCCAAUUUAAUCUAUGAACAUGUCAAAGAAAUCCAAAGACUAUCGAUGUUUCCAAUUUCAUUAUUGGGCAUUAGUUAGGUUGUGUCUAAAACUGUUUUAUGAGUUGGGUCAUCAAUAUUUCGUUAUCUACCAGGGGAGUUGAAGCGCACUGGCUACUCUGUGUAUGCAGCAACAAGCCAUGCGUUUGGAAUGUUCUGUCUCAUAAUCCAAAAUUACGCAAUUAUGCUUAGUUUAACACUUUGAGAACUAAAUGUAAAUUCUAUCAAAAUUGUGGUAUUCCUUUCAAUGCAGAUAAGAAUAUUUCAUGGUUACCACCUAUAUUCUGGUGCACUUUAUUUCAGAUACUUCAGUUGGUGAAUUGCAACACAAUUAAGUUAAGAUGAGCAAAAAGAAUCCCUGCUUUACAUCUUCUUUAAAAUUGUAAUCUAACAUGAAAUUGACUAUAUUUUGACCCCCGAGAUUUUUUUUAUCAAAACAACCAUCUAUCACAGUUGGUAGACUGAAUGAGCCAUAAAAUUAAACUUCCCUGGUAUUUGCGAAAGGGUUUGUCAAAUUAUAACAGCCUUGCUUAAGAGUAUUAAUUAAUUAGUUAACUAAUGCUUCAAGUAUUGGACCUAAUCAUUGACCAUGAACUAAUUAUUUCCUAUGGGUGCGAAAAAUGCCAGUUUGGCUAUGACCGGUGAAAAAUGCCAUGUGGGAUAAUUAUCACAAAGGCUAACAAUUAUAAAAGAAAUGAAUGUCAUCCUCUAGUGUAGUAGGGUCACCAGCUGAGUAAACCCUUUGUAUGAAAUGAAUCAAAAGUACUCUGCCUAUGAAUGGAGGACAAUGGUGUCACGUGACCAUGCUUGGCGAGUGUUUUCAGUGAUACUGUUUAGCAACCUUGCGCAAGCCGUUAGUUCAUCGCAAGGGCAAACAGUGUCAGAGGUUGUAGAUUCAUAAUGUGGAUCACACUAUAUUGAUCUGUGCAUCCACAUUUCGUGUUUUGCUUGCGAGUUUCAUCCCAUAAAAGGACUUAUCAUAAAAAGGGCAGCUUUUCAUAUCUUGACUAUUUGAAUACAUCUCCUAUAUACAAUGUUCAUUCAAAAAUAACGCCAUUUAGUAGACUGGACAGUUUCUGAAUAUUAGGCAUUUGAUUGGUCAGUUUCUAAGCCUAAUAUUGGUCAGUUCACGACCCUACCUCUGAAUUUCAUUGGUCUGUUAUUGCCCUUUAAAUUUCAUUGGUCAGUUUAAAUACAGUUUGAAUUUUAAUUGGUUGAUCUGACUUGUGACCAUGGUUUGAAGUAAAUAAUGUGGUAACCGUGAUCACGUUGUUACCCAGCAAAACAGUAUGUCACAUUUUUUCUUGACUAAGCUAUGUUUAGCAAUAAGAAAUCUGAAAUAAAAUUUUGUUGUUAUGUGUUUAUAUAUGUGUAAAGAAUUCUAAGGUUUGUUUCUGUAUGUGCCAUAAUUAUUAUAAGAGUCUUUUAAUUCCUUGAUUUUGAAAGACUAAAUUGUAAAAUAAAAGGUAGAUAAAGAUGCCAUGAACUGGCCCAACAUGACAGUUGUGAAUAUAAUGUAUAAAUUGGGACGCUGUUGUUGUUGACAUAAGUGGAACUUGUACCCGUAAAAGUGAUUGUAAAUUUUGAAUAAUUAAUGUGAAACAUAUUAGAAUUAUCCAAGAUUAUCCUAUCUCUUUAGGGUCAGAGUGAUGUGCCUUUAAAAUCAGUGCCAUAGAGAAAAAACGCAGCAAAGAUGCGUAAAAUCUACUAACAUGGCACCACAGUAUCGCUAAAAAUCCUGGUCUGGUGCGAAUAGGGGUUACUUUCUGAGCCUUCAAUGCAUAAUUAUUUUGAUAAGCUUACUGCGUAUGAUAGGUCUACAGGGUUAACAGGGUGCAUGAGAACUAGUUGCUUUCCAAGAUAUUUUGUCCCUCCUUUGGAACUUACUUAUAUAACUUCUGGUGAGUUUGGUAGAUGUUGAAAUUGUGGACUUGAAUUAUUGUUAGUGCGACUUGUUCCACUUUCCCUCUUUUUAUUAAAUAUUCCCAUUUUGUUUUCUGGUGGAAUAUGACUUGCAAACACUGGCUGUCUGAAGCUUGUGAAAUAGCUUGGGAUAUUUUGCUUUUGUAACAGCAAGCCCCCUCAUUAAAACUCCCUCUUUAACUACUACAAUGUUAACGCUAGCUAAUUGUCUUCUUCUCGCUUUGUUUUCUUACUUUUAUAACAUGUAGCAUACGACCAGUGCAUAUGAUAUCGUCAUAAUUGUAGAUUUCCUUUUUCGCACAUAAAAAUGCAUAUUUUGGGUCAUUGGAUGUGGAUGGUCAUUUUCAAGUUUGUUUUUUUUUCAAAUAAAAUGGGUAAACGGUUUUCUGCAGAUAAGAAAAAUAAUUGUCAACAGCUUCAGGCAUCUGGCACUUACCAUUUUCGGCAACAAAAAAAUGUUUAAUGAUUUUUUUUGCAUAAUAUUUGGAGACACUAUGUAAA